AUGUUAGUUGAUGAAGAUGAUAAAUUAAAUGAUGACAAGAUGAGGAAUAUAGCAAAGAAGUUAUGGAUAAUAGGGUUCUUCUUUUUACCUUGGGUAUGGCUUAUCAAUAUACUAUUCUUCUUUCCUCAUAGAAAACAAUUAUCAACCGAUGUAUUUUGGUAUUUAAAAUACUCAUUAAUUGGAUUCUUUGUAUAUAGUACUAUAUUUAUGACAUGGAUGGGAAUAUAUCUUGUAAAUCGUAAUAAUUGGGGAGCUAGUGGAGACAACAUUUCAAUUGUAAUACCUUAUGGUUAUUAG